AUGCCCUCAAGACCGCCCAACAGCAAGCCCCCACCUCCUCUCAUCGUCGACGUCCUCAAUGGCGACUCAUCCCCUCCUCGCGCGCACCUCCUCGACUCCAAAGACAUCGACGACAUCUCAAUGCACCGGGUGUCGAGGGCGUCUAUUGACCAAGACAGGCCAAAAGUGGAUCCCAGAAUCGAGGGAAUACCUCAGGGAUGGGAGGACGACUUCUCCAUAGGCCCUGCAGGCCCCAAGACGCUUCAAAAGACUACGGUUCGUGGUAGCGGCGUUCAGAGAGAGUCAUCUAUACUCGGCGGUGCUUUCCGAGACACACGGACCAAGAUCUCUUCUUUCAGCGGCCUCGUCAAAGACGGCCUUCGGGACAGGGAUGGCCAGAUGCGAAGCUCGGCGGCCCAGAACCGCCAAAGAGUAGAAAGUACUCGAGUUCAAUCACGCACAGAGCAUACCCGCUCCCAUAACCCAUCAAAGUCUAUCCACUCCCAGGCGUCCUCCUUCUCACACCCGACAAAGGCUCCACCAUCCAUUCCACCCUCGUACUCUCUCACAGAAUACACCGACGACUCUGCCGAGUUGACCAAUCUCUUUACGCCUCCUACCAGUGCGAGGGAACCAGCCUACAAUCCGUCCAUCGCUGGCAGCACCCACUCCAGUGCUCCUUCUCGCGAGCAAGCGAUAGCACCUGAUAAAGAGGCGCUGUAUGGACUUGCUGCUCCUCGGAGCAGAGACCAUCUGUCACCAAAUGCCCCAGAAGUGCUGCCUUUUGCUGCCGAUAGUCCAUUUUCGGCGUGGCCAGGGCCAAUCCAGGACAGGACAGUCGUCGCUGGACCAACAGCCACCAGUGACAUGCAGGAUGUUCACGCAGGGGAAGCAUCCCCAGCGCUCAACCGCGUUGACUCGGCCACUUCGGGCAAGAGGGUAUGGGUGAACGAGAAGGGUAAAGAUGUUGCGCAAGUGUACAAGGUGGGAUGGGAAAGAGACGUUCUGGAUAUUGAAGGACGACUACACGAAACACUCUAUGAACUUAUGGGUGGACGGCACACCUUUGCCGAGGUUGAAGAGGAACCAAAAGCCGUUCUAGAUAUCGGCACCGGGGUAGGAUUGUGGCCUAUAUCGCAAGCACGUGUCUGGCCUGGUUCGACCAUCGUAGGUCUGGAUAUAGUGCCAUGCCAGACAAAUUUGUCUCUCCUGGCUCAAGCCGAGAAGAAUGCUCGUUCAACGUCGGAUGGUUCUGCCGCAGGGGAAGGCAUGUGGGAGAGUAUCCAAAGGCGAGUCAAGUGGGAACAAGUGGACUUCCUUAACGAUCUACCUUACGACACUGGCGUUUUCGACUUUGUCCAUAUCCGCUUCGUUGCUCUUGGUAUUCCAGAAAGCCGAUGGGGUGAUGUGCUUGAAGAGGCUGCCCGCGUCCUCAAGCCCAAUGGCAAGCUGGAGAUUGUUGAAAUGACCUACAACCUUCCUUCCUCCGCGCCUCCCACUAUCAAGAAUCCAUUUGACGGCAUCAUGGCUUCGCAAGCCAUAAGUCAAGUCCCCAUCUUCCCCAUCCAAUUCUCUUUGCCGGCAAUCGAUAUUUUAUCUGCCAAGGGCCUCGCCGAUCCUGCAUUCUCAAAGACGUGGAAGGGCAGUGAAUCACCCGAAACGUUGACGGACGCUGUCCUCACUUGGGCAGAGGGCGCUCUUGGGUCAGAAACGGCCAAUCGUACCAAAAAAGCGAGAGCGGCGUUGAAGAAGAGUAUCCUUCUGGACCAUCUGAUGAAAGAACUGGGGUGGUAUAGCAAGGGACGAUGGAGAUUCGAUGUAAAGAAUGGACAGGAAAAGUGCGGCAUGCACGAGGCAGGUGAGGAGGCAUUAGAGAUAUCAGUAUGGGCAUGGGUUUGCACCCGGCGAUAG